GCAGGUGGUGCAUGUUCGGAAACAGCUUGCAAUGUUCAGGACGAACUGAGACUGCCGUUUGUAAUCAGCGUAAUUUAUUUCCCGUUUCGUAUUUUCUUUUUGACAGCAUGUGCCAGCACACGCACGGCGUGGUCGCGGGGCGUGUUUUUAUUCCACCCAGGCCACUUUCUUCUGGUUAAUAUACAGUACUGCAUUGAGUAUUACGGGUGCCGUGUGUGUCUGCAUUGAGAAAAAAGAGACAGCGAGAAUAAAUGUUCAUGCACCGCAGAGCUUGAAUGAAAUCCGCCGUUAAACGGAGGCAACUUCACGCACGUUUGUUGAGAAAUCCGUAGGAUCUCUCCGUUUUCUCCUCCAAGCAUCGGCAUCGGGGUUUGAAGUGGUCAUGCCUUUUGUUUUAAUUUGGGAGACGAGACUGCGGAGCCAUUUGCACGAUGAUGAUGAUUCACGACUGGACGGAGUUUAAAAAAUGAGGAAGCAUUUUUUUCUAAAGAUACUAAAAAGAUAGAGGAGAGGCCUCGUCGUUCCGCAGGCCGUGAUCUGUGCAUGGGAAAAGGGAGAAGAAAGGAAGAAAACCCGAGCCUGAUGAAUAAAAAUCGAGUGAAAUGGAGCACGAGACACGCGCGUGGGGAAAUAUGGACCAUAUCAAUAAUGACGGCGGUGUGCGCGAGAACCAGAUCGAUCCGAACAAAAUGAAGCACUUCGCCUCUUGAGCAUUUAAACUGAUAUAUUUUUUUAUUUGCAACUUACAGGAGAGGGGAUUCCCGUGCUUUUUGAGAGUUGCAAACGGCGCUCAAGUUCCUUGCAAGUUCUCCUCUCCGCCUUAUUUUGAUUCAUAUGGUUAUUUUACUACUUUUCCUUCGGCGGCUUUGAAUUAUUUUCGAUCCGGAUCCAUAGCGUUGAUAAUAUUCAAUGGAAUUAUGUUAUCAGUUACCGGUUUUGCCUCUAGACAGGCCGGUUCCCAAACAUGUUCUCAGCCGAAGGGGAGCCAUUAGUUUCAGCUCCAGUUCCUCUUUAUUUGGAGCCCCCGACCCGAGGCAGCUGUCACAGAGACGUGGAGCAAUCUCCUAUGACAGCUCUGAUCAAACCGCUCUGUAUAUUCGCAUGCUAGCUGUGACAAACAAAACAAUCAAAUCCUCAUUCGUGUUUACACCAGGGGCUUGUGUAAUAUUCAAACAGCUGUUUUCAAGAGAUGUGAGAGUGAGAAGUCAGGUAGGCUUUGAACCUGAACGAAGAGGCUCGCACCCAUACCUUGGCGUCGAUUUCCGCACUUUGCACUCACGUGCUGAGUCAGCAGGGUCGAUUCCAGCUCGGAGGAUCCGGAGGCUGUUCAGUUUCCAGCGACACCUGCUCUCGUCCCGUCUGCUGAGAGGAGCGCCACACCUCAACCCCCUCCACAUCCUGGACGAGGACUACUGCGGUCAGGCCAAGUGUAUGCUUGAAAAGGUUGGAAGCUGGAAUUUUGACAUUUUCCUCUUUGACCGACUUACAAAUGGAAACAGUCUCGUCUUCUUGACAUUUCAUUUGCUGAGCCAGUACGGCCUCAUCGAGCUCUUCCAGUUAGACAUGGUUAAAGUGCGGAGAUUUUUAGUUCUGGUUCAAGAAGACUACCACAAUCAGAACCCUUACCAUAAUGCAGUUCAUGCUGCUGAUGUCACCCAGGCCAUGCACUGUUACCUGAGAGAACCCAAGCUCGCCCAGUCCCUCACUUCAUUCGACAUCCUAUUAGGGCUGCUGGCGGCGGCCACACACGACCUGGACCAUCCUGGAGUCAACCAGCCUUUCCUCAUCAAAACCAACCAUUACCUUGCAGCUUUGUACCGGAAUACCUCAGUUCUGGAGAAUCAUCACUGGAGGUCAGCAGUGGGUUUGCUCAGAGAGACCGAACUCUUUUCUCAUCUUCCUGCUGAGGACAGUUUGAGUAUUGAGAGGCAGCUGGGAUCCCUGAUUCUGGCCACAGAUAUCAGCCGACAGAAUGAGUACCUGUCCCGCUUCAGGACACAUCUGGACGAGAACGACCUGAACUUAGGAAACGCUUCUCAUCGACACUUCGUUCUGCAGAUGGCGCUAAAGUGUGCUGAUAUCUGUAACCCGUGUCGGCCGUGGGAGCUCAGCAAACAGUGGAGUGAGAAAGUCACAGAGGAGUUCUUCCAUCAAGGUGACAUUGAGAAGAAGCAUAAACUUGAAAUCAGUCCACUGUGUGAUAGUGAAGCCAACACCAUAGCCAGUGUUCAAAUUGGUUUCAUGACGUACGUAGUGGAGCCUCUGUUCGCCGAGUGGGCUCGUUUUUCAGACACGCGGCUCUCUCAGACGAUGCUCGGCCACUUGGGCCUGAACAAGGCCAGCUGGAGCACCAUGGAGCCCGAAGCGUCGGGCAGCUCAGAGGACGGAGAAUCAGAUCCGGCUCGAGCCUCAGAAGAGCCCAGUUCCAGAGCCUUAACUCAGGGAAGCCCAGAGUCAUGACACCUCCACUGCCCUCAGCCAAACACACACACACACAAACAGCGCCACCCAUCCCCAAAAAAACAACCACUGAUCAUUCUCCUCUUCUCUUCAUUUGAUUUAAUUUAUUUCAUUUUAAACUCUCUCAUUUCUCCUUCGACAUACAGCAAUACAUAGAUACCUCAUUUGGCUACUGCUGCAAGUUUUUCGUUUGUUUUCUUCUUUCUUUUAAUGAUUGUGAUGUAUUUAUUUAACCUUAUUUUUGGGCGUUACUAAUUCAACGAUGCUUUGAAUAAAGACUGUAAGGGAAAAUGGGGUUGGAUGAAUCCCACCCCUCCUGUGGCUUUAAAGUGCCAUUUCGAAACAUUGAAUUGCUCUGAAAGUCACCUUGAGUAUUUAUAAGACAACCGCAUCAACAAAAAAAAGAGACGAUGUGUGAAUGCAUUGCGAGCGAGUGCGUUUGUGUGCGCUAGUGCUUCUGCAAAUCAAUCUUCCUCCUUGUGUACAAAAUGUGAAGAGCCCAGUCCUUUUGCUGCCUCUGAAGACUGUUUACACACGUCGUUUUUUUCUAUACGAAUCAUGUUAGUUCUGUGAUUUAUUGCCUUCGAAGCACAGAUGUGAAGAACCACUUGUACAUUUUUGUUUGGAAGCCUACUGCUGAUGAUCAACGAAAUCUUUGUUGGACUGCAAACCCGCCAUUUGUUCUACAUUGCAUCCCUUUCUUGUAUUUCAGACCCCCUCCCCGUUUUUGAAGGAACGUCGCGCAGUGUAAGGUGGCAGAGAUGACGAACCCUUUGGAGCAUGGAAGAAGGAAUUUCGUGUAGCUCAACAAGACCCUCCGUGGAUUUUGCUCAGGGUUUCACCAACCUGCUUCUUUGGAGAAACGUGGAAGUAAAGGUGCCUUUUGUAGGUAGCCCACACUCUCUUUUCUCUGUCUUUCUCUUCUGUAUUUUGUAAAGAAAGAUCUCGGAAUGUGUCGAAGCCACUCUCGUCUCUUCGGAAGACUGCAACACAAUGCCUUAAAACUAUGCACAAAGCUAAGUGACCAAACCAGCUGUCGUUUUCAUUUUAAAACUCAUCACAUUGUCCAUUUAGUGCACUGUCUGACCCUUUGCCUUUUUGUCGUGGAGUGUUUUGGGGUUUUUUUGUUUUAGUAUGGAGGAGAUUUGGUUUAAUGAGUUGAUUUUUAACAUUGAACAUUCCAUUUUUGUGUAUCGUUUUGGAUUCUGUACAGAAUUGGAGAGGUUUUUUUUGUGCUUCUCUUGAUGUUCGGAAAAGAGAAGAGGUGCUUUAUUUUAGGUGAUUUGUAUUUUUGUUGUAAGUGCUGUAAGACUGUUGAUUUAAGAAGAAAAAAAAAACUGUUUACAGUUUGUUGUAACAGCCAUUUUGGGGAGACGACCUAUGUGUCAAGCCAUUUUGUAAAGGCUUUGCCGUAUAACCUUUUUGAUACAUACCUGUUGCAGUUGCAUUUUUGAUGAAUAAAACUUCACAAAAUGUUUCUCUA